ACUCUUUAACUGUGCUCCUCACAGCACUGUUCGCUCUCUGUACUGUUGUGAUCUGACAGCAGGGAGGGGAGACAUUAAAGGGUCAUGCCACUCAAUGUUGUGCUGGACGGUCCGGCCCCCUGGGGGUUUCGGCUGACCGGAGGGAAGGACUUCAACCAGCCGCUGACCAUCUCCAGGGUGAGUAAGUGACAGGAUGUCUCAAUGAUAAGAUCUGAGGAAGAAAUAUACUCUGCUUUCAUUUUUUUUUCCCUCUAAAACUGAGCGAGUGAUAAAUAAGAUGCUUUUUUUAAAACCAGAAACAACUAUAACAUCACUCUCUCCAAAACCACCAAACUCCAUUGACAAAAACUGUCAUUUUACCUUUCAGACCAUUGGAGUUGCUCAUCUACUCUUACCUUGUUUGGUUAUUUCUGUCAUUUAUCACUUUGGUGUUUUUGUCAGAGAAAGAAAAACAAUGAGGUGACUCCUCUUUUUUGCCUGGUAAAAACUGGCUUUUUAUGAGUGGAGUUUGGUAAGUUUGAGCAGAGCUUUGUAACAAGCAUCUUUCUCUUCAAUUUUUUUUACUUUUUAUGCUCUGAAUAACAAAAAAGUUAAUCUGCAGACUUGCAUACCUUCUCUACAUUCUUUCUAAUCCUUUCGUCCAUUUUUGUUUGCAAUCGCUUUGAUCAAGAAUUUGAUCUUUGACUAAAUGUCAAAAAUGUAACUUAAAUCCGUUUGAAAUCCAGUCCGGCAUCAACAUCACAUUUCCAGGAAGGGUUCAUUCUCCAAAGAAUCUGUCUGGGCUCGGUGUGGUAUGAGGUUUGCACCUGUGCCACAGCAAAUGCAAGAGGCUUAGAUACAAAUAGCAGCUUACAUUGUACUCUGAAAUGUGCACACACACACACACACACACACAAAUGUCUUGUUGAGGGGAUUUUAGGUGGAAGAAUUUGAGGGCAGCAUGCGGUUCUGAUUUUCUGCCAAAAGAGACCUGCAGAGGGUGUUUACUCAAGUCUAUAAACGAAGAAAGGCUAAAUACCCCACCUGAUAACUUUAGACAUUUAUUCUACAGGACGCUCAUGAAAUUGACGGCGACACGCUGAAGAUGAAGUUAUCAGUUAUUGUAGAGGAUGAGCACAGUGUUACAGUAUGUGUGUGUUAUAAUGUUUCAGCUGUUCAGGAGCUUGUAAAUGUCAGCUUAAGGUCAGCAGGCAGCAUCAUGCAGCUUGUCGUGUUUGUAGACUGACAGCACAGGCAGGGCUGAAAGAUGACACAUCCCCUCUCCUCUUUGAGGAUAAUUCACUCGAGGAAAAUCAUCAUCAUCACCAAAUUAGAUAUGCUUUGGAAAAACACUUAAUUUGAAGAUAUAAAGACAUGCAGUUCAAAAGGCAAAGGCUCAGAUUUAUGCAAUAGGAUGUAUUUUUGUCUCUGACUGAGAGUGAUCAUUUCCUGGAGCUAAUAUGGUAUUUCCUGUUUAUAUCAAAACAGCAAGACAACUCAAUCACAUGGAGUUAUGACAAUAAGUUGUAAAGAAACCAAGAGGACAAAUAUAGUGAUGCCAAAACAUAAGGUCUCUGCCAUGUUGACAGAUGUGACAUGAAUCAAAUUUUAAAAUCGAAUAAUUUUUUUUUUCUAACCGUAUGUCAUUAUAAUUAGCUCUUUACACAGAUUAAUGUCCAAAUGUCCAUUUUUCUCAGACUGUUCUCUAAGACCAGUCCCAUUGAUAUUGAAAAUCUCUUUUUUAAGAUAGACCUGGCCAAGAUGGCAGUACACAACUGCACAAAAAAACAACAUAAAAUUGAAAUGUAGCAUACAUUUCUACUGAUCUUUCUUUUCUUUUUAUGUACUGUUAUCUCGUGAAGUUUGGUUUCUUGUGAUAACAGUUUUUUUUUAUCUCGACAUAACAAAAAAUGCAUAAAACAAAGAAAAAAAAUCAUGGUUGUUCUAGUCUUCGGUACAAUUCACCCAAAAUUGUUCACACAAUAGUGAACAGAAAGGGACCUAAUACGGAGCCCUGUGGCACACCUUUACAGAUAGUUAUAGUAUCAGAGAAUAGACCGUCCUGCCAAAUGCAGUGAGAACUAGUUAUCUGAUGCUUCAUGAAAGAGUGUAAUGCUAUGCAUUGGCAGUUAGUGGUCAUAUUGGGUGGGUGGGUGGGCUAUAAAUAGUUAACACAGCUGCAAAAGCAACAUUAAUGUAAGACUCUAAGUUACAGCACAACUCUCCAACAAGCAAAGUUUGAUGAGAGAAAACUGUAUUCCUGUUUUUAUCUCUCUUGGUUGACGGUAAAUGCCUGUUUUUAUUUACCAGCUUGCUCUGAGUCUGUAUAGAGAUGCAGUAGCUCUCAUCAGGUUGAUUGGUGAUGUUGAAUUCACCCAGCAGAGAGAGCUUUGUGCUGUAUACAACGUGAGCUUGGCUGCAUUCAUGAUGUUAAUUUUGUCGGGUCAGUGUUCUGAACACUAAGUUUCUUGUCGUGUCUGAGCCAUGUCUCCUCCAAAAAAGCAGCAUGGGAAACUUAGAGGUGAACUCCGAGGCUACAUUUACCAUAAGACAGUCCUGCUAUUUAAAUCAAACACAACUUAUGACUUUGUAAUUUGUCCUUUUGUGUUAUGUAAAAAUUGUCUGGCUAUUCAGUCGCUAGUGUCUUAAAUUUUACCUCCAAGGAUAUGAAAGAACACAAAUGAGGAGAUAAAUAAUCCACCACCCUUACACUAAUCCUCACCCAUUCUCACACAGGUAUCAUUUUUACAGUCUGUAAUACUUUAGUCGUGCCAUUGUGCUAUGACACAAAUCACUCAUUUACAAAACUGAAGUAACUGCUGCAGUGCUUGGGCUGUAAAAGUUAGACCUAUUUUAGAGAUAUUGCAUGUUUUCCAGAAACAAUUAGACUCAAGUUGUUUCUAGUAAAAUGAAUUAUUUAAAAGUUUGAAAUUGAUUGAAGAAUAUUUUUGUCAUCUUUUCCGAAUAAGGAAGCGAUAGUUUAGCCUUACUGGCUCAUUUAUUCCAGCUAUGAUUGAUGGCAUAUGCGGCUUCUAUGGCAUUGUGUGUACAGAAUAAGCAGACUGAAGGGGGUAACACCCCAGCACUAACAGAGGAGUCUAGGAACCUUUCAUAAUCAGGAGUUGUUGCUUUGGACCCACUCAAGCAGUUGUGACACUAUGGUCUGUACCAACUGGAAGGAUCUCUACUGUUUUAUCACCGAGUUAAAGAUCCUGUUAGAAGUGUUUUCUUUAUUCAAUUCAUGGAUCUUUAAUGGUUUGUUUUAUGUUGCUGGGUUGGUUGCCUGUUCUCUUGGUGUAUCAGACAUAGUCUAGAUAUUGAAUGGACAGUGACUGCCGCCUCGCUGGGUGAAGCCACUGCGACAACAGCACCCUCUGGUGAUGGGCUGCAGUAUAGGUCAUAAAUCCCGCCUCCUCCAGCCAUCCUAAUGGAGCUGUGGACAAACUUUAGAAAUUUAUUACACAGACCAUAAUUUUUUCUCCCCUUUGCUUGCGAUGUUGACAUGUAGUUACUGUCAGACUGGUUUGUGCUCAGGUCCUCUUUUUUCUGUACAGCUCUUUUUUUUAAAGUUAUUAGGGGGUUCAUGUUUUCUAUGAUUGACACCUGAUAUAGCCUAUGGGCAUACGAAGAUUGCGUAGCUCACCCAAGGGGAUACGCUGUUUGAGCGGCGCAUCAUCACAGCGACUCUCGGUGGCUCUCCCACUGAAUACGUACAACGUGACUGCGCAAUGUUGGUUUUGGGAAGUGAAGAAAAAACGCAGAAAUACAGAGAGCUUUUUGGCUUUGAAUCUGUGUACUGGUGGAAGGCGAAACAAAGUUGUCCAUAGUCUAGGGCAAGAAAGAACAUUUACAAUAAAAAUCAGAAGUUUGCAGCUUCUAACUUCACUAAGAGCUCACUCAAAGUUUCUGUUUGCACAACAGGAAUCAAAGCAGCUCUCCUUUAGGGAGGUGAAGCCUACAUCUUUACAACCCCAAAAAUUAACUAACUCAUUUAAAUUUCAACUUUAAUGCUUAGUCAGACUUUUGCUGGAAAGAGCUGUUGACUGGUUACGUGUUGAUCAUUUCCACUGAAGAUGUGAAGAUGCUGAAUGUGUCAUUUUCAGUUCAUUGGAGACAAGACAGUCUUUGGCACUUGCCUUAUCAGAUCUGGCAGAGAUAAUUUGUAUAAAAAUUUGAGUUUAUUACCCUCUGAGGUCCGUGAUAACUUGUUUAUAGAGUCAGUAUGGUCAUAAAUGUAAAUGUUCAUGUGAAGUAACAACAGUAGCACUGGUGUCUGCCUCUAAACUGCAGUUGACACCAGCCCUGUGAUUAUGCUGUGUAUGGUAAAAAAUAUGAGUAAGCUUCCAUUUUAGUCUCAUGGGAGCCAUCAGCAUCACACUGAAAUAUUGAUAUGUUAAAUUGCUGAUAUGCAACUCAAAUGUCAGGACACCCAAGAAACUUCCUUGUAUAGUCCAGAAAAAAGGAAAAAAAUUACUAUAAUCUUUCACAAUUACAUCAUGUAUGACUUACUCAUUGUAUGUCUCACAAGUUGGAAAAUGUAUGUUUAUGACAGAAUCCACAGUUCUGAUGAAGACCAGUGACGUCUUAAUCGGUAGUCAGAGUUAAUGUUGUGUAUCCUCAGUGUCACACAGGAUCAGCUGUGAAGAGAGCCAGUAAUCCUGCUCCACUGUGACUAUAUUUAGGGGGUGAUCUCUCAGUGGGUGAGCACACAGACUAAAAGCAUAGUUAGCUCUCCAAACCUCUGCUCUGUCAAAUAACCUCACACCUGUUGUGUCUGCGGUCCAUAUGAGAAGAGUGAUGAGAGAGAGGACUGGGAUGAAGGAGGACAGAGGGGAACCAGGGUCAGUUAACUGUAUUUGAGCUGUAGUAUGAGAAGCUUUAUGGUGCGAUGGACUAGAAAGAGAGAGAGGGAAAGAGGCAUUUCAUGAUAAGUUAAUCAGGCUGUGAAACCCUGACCAGGUGAACAGGAACCACACACAAAGUAGAGAGGUUUUGUUUAACCCUGGAAGUGUAGACAUUAUCCCCAAAUGCCUUUAACUCGUCUCCAGCUGGAGGUAAGAUCCACUCCGUUUGAGAAACUUACUUUCUCCCACUCUCUACUGUAUCGUGUCUCAUAAUGCACCCACUUAGUACUGUUAGGCAUCUUAGAAAUCUUUGCUAGAUAGUUCAUAAGUCCUGUGAUCUUCUUAUGUUACCUGUGCGCUUGUGUGGGGGCUGUAAGGGGAAAGGGAGGAGCAGGAGUUAUCAGGGGUACAGCAUUAUGGAUUGAUCCUCCUGCAGGACAGCUGUGUGCUUUACUGCAGUGAGCCAGAAGGGGGGUUCAUGCAUAAAGCAAGAAGAGCCAAAAUAUGCAACAGCACUCCCUCCUCCCUUUGGAAGUACUCUGAAAGAUAGUGUUGUGUCAUUCCCAAACGAUUCAUUCAAAAGUACCAAAUAUUUAAGUGAACGUACUGAACCGAAUCACGGCCUCAAGUGAUUCGUUCGUUUCUCACUUCAGAUGAGCGCAGCUGCUAUGACACGCAGCAUUGCCAAGCGAGCAGCCAGCGAACGAGGGACCGAAUGCACCGACGCCUGAAUCACUUGGUAAACGAAUCACGCAUUGAACUAAACUCUCGAGUCAUUUUUUGUCAGACAAAACUAACUUUUUUUUUUUACUGCUAAAUUGUCACCACAACAACUUGCAUACAGUAGGACACAGCAUGUAACAGCACCCUGUCACUGCAGUGGUUUGUGAGGGAACGGUGCAUGUUCAGUUUGAAUUCUUCUAAAUGUUCGGAGAACGAAUCACUCUCUGAGCCCAAUUUACCCAGCAGACCUGAUAAAUAGCAUACCAUAGGACAGUACACUUAAAACAUCAUGACUAAUAAACAAGUUCAUUUUUACAAACCUGUUUGUCAACGCAACACAGCCAAACACUCUCAUCUCCCGGUCCUAGAAGCUAUGAGUCACAGUCUCCUCCCACCAAGUGCUGAAUGAUUCAGUGAUUCGGUGAACGAAUCUUUUGAACAAAUCUUUUAGGUGAACUGAUUCUAGUAAUUCAUUACAUCUAAAAGAAUGGCCGUGCCCACCACUACUGAUAGUUUAACAGUAUGAGCUGCAACCUUUUUUUUUAUCACACAGGCUUCUUCAACAAGCUAACUCGAUUAUUAAUAUUCACAUUAAACUGAAUAAUUUCUCCAUCUGUGAAAUAAAACUAAGUGAACAGUCCUGCCCCUGGUUUCUCUGCUGAUUCACAGUCACAGCCUGUUACAUUUAUUUUCUAUUUAUCAGUUCUUAAACGUCAUACAUCACUGUAUCUCAUACCAUGUGUCAAACAGUGUAAAUUUCUGUCGUACCAUAGAUUUUAGUUUUCGUGCGUCAUCAACCUUAUCUGCCUUUCUCUGCUUAUUUAUCUGUUCUUGGUUUUCCAAUCAAAACAAACAAAUGUCAAAUUAAUGAAACUUUUUUUCUAUGCAGUUAUAAGAUUGGAGUUACACCAACAGCGCUUUACAGGAACAGAAACAAUCUACCAUUACUCUGAUUUAUCAUUAUUAAUGAUGCAAUUUAAGAACACCUUACAGAUAUAAUCAGCUUAAAACAAAAGGAAUAGUUGCAGCAGUGAACCUUCAGGAUUUGUUUCAGCACAGAGAGAAUCCAGUGUCUCCCUCCGCUGCCAUUUUUGGUCAGGAACAUCUCCCUCUUUAUGAGCCGCUGAUGUUCCCAGCUGCUCCAGGAAAGUAAACACAAGUGAUUAUCGUCUGUUUCUGCCGCCUCAGAGGGGCUCAGUACCAAAUUUACACUUCAAGAUCAGUUUACUUGAUGUUAAUGUCCGUGAGAGAACAACUGAUCCUGUGAAAACAGCUGUGUACUGUUUGCGGUCGCAGCACAGGAAGUUGGUCGGUUUGAGAAACAACACUUCUGAUAUCAUCAGAGUUGUCUUAGGCUGAAACAGUCACAACAAACCCACAGUAGAGAGUAAGCAUCUGCUAUAAAGGAAGGACUUUUAAUAACCAGGGAGACUCUACAGAAACACAAUCAUGAGGCAUUCUGGGAGAUGUAUGAGUUGUUUUUAUUAUGGUUCACAGGUUAUACCGUAGCCUUUUCUAUAUGUGUCUUUUGUACCUAAAAUACAGAAACUGAGGGCUCCAUGCUGAAGUCAGAACUGUAGAGAGUAUGAAAUAUAAGUGGAGUCUCAGCGAUGUCACCCCUUAGUUUCUGGAGCAGAGUUAAUAAACACUACAGGCAAAGAGAUGGAGCUGAGGUGGGACUCCAACUGACUCCAAUGAGGUGGCACGAAUUGAGCCAAUUGAGUGAAUUAUACAUGCGAAUGAGGCCAAUUCGCAACACCUUCAUUGUGCACUUGCUUAUUGCAGAUUACACAACAAUAGCCCACAAUGUAGACAACUUCAGUCAUGUUUGAUGUAAAUAGACUGACAUGACCUGGAAUCCUUCCUCUCUUGUGUUAGUCAUACGGCUCUGCAGACACGAUUUAUCACAUCUUAAUGGAACGAGAAUUAUAUGAGUAAAUAUUUUUAUUUGCAUUUGGUGUGAUUUAAAAAACACUUUGGUACAAGACUGUCAACAUGGUCAUUGUGGCCGUAGAAUUGGGCUUUUUAACAUGGUGUUAGUAGCCUUUCCUUCGCUCUUGCCUCAGGUGGACACAUCAGGAACUGCAGUUUUUUGCAUUUCUGCUUUUUACCACUGGAGGUUGUUGCUUGAAGCUUGCAUUGAGGACAGGAAAUAUGGGGAGUAGAGAUGGUGUUGAUGGUAAAUCAAAAAAACUGUCAAACCGAGACAAUGUGCUUGAAGACACUAUAAUUCUCCUGCAGAGAUGGCAGGAUGUGCAGGAUCAGAGGAUUACUCAGUCUGUCACCGAGAAGGACCUUUUUUACUAAAAGGUUAGAUUCAACAUUAUUCAGUUCAAUACUUAAACUGUUGCAUAUGAUCCUGUUAUCUAGUCCUCUUCUUUGGUGUCUAAUUUCUCACCUUUUUUUAAAUAUAAGUUAAUUUUUCACACAGAAAAAGCCCUUUUUUUAAUUUAUACAAAACAAUGCCAGUCAAUCACUCUUAAAAACAAAUCAAGCCACUUAAUGGAACUAGUCUAGAGGUGUGAUUGUGCGCUUUGUUGUGGUACAUUUAGGGACAAACUGAAGAGUGCUACUUCUUUAGGGAUAGCAGUCUUUUGUUUCUUCUUUUUUGAUGCUUGGAGAUCAGUUAAAAAGAUCAGAAAAAGGCAUUUAGAUGUGAAAGGAAAAACACAAAGAAACACAGACGAAGAAAGGCCUAAUUCAAGAAAAGCAGUUAGGAAAGUGGGGAGAUAAAAAAUAGGAAAAAAGUAAGAGAGAAAACAGACAGAGAAAAAAGGUGAGUGUUAAAAGAUGGGUGAGUAAAAUGUUUGACACAACAUUUAAGCAUCUUGGAAACAAAAGAUUCCAAUCAAAAUCCUGAAGGUGCUCAGAUUCAGUAACAGUCCGACAGCAGCCGUCCAAAAAUGCUCCACUGUAAAUUACUGCUCCCUGUUUGGCAGCAUGAGACAUCCCCUCAGCACUUUCAUCUGCUGUUAUUUAUAGGCACAUGACCUCACUGGAGUUUAAGUGUAACAUCGAUGUGUAGUUGUCUAAUAACGCAAUCUGUCUGAGGAUAGAUCACGUCUUCAGUGUGUGUGUGCGUGUAGUGGAAGUGGAAACAUUGGGUUUGGUUUGAAGCUGCUCCCUGAGGGCUCCUCGGUGACCCCAGUGGCUUUCUGGGAGUUCUUAUUCCUCCUCAUCACUUCCUGUGCUGCAGAAAACUUCUUCCAUCUGGAUACUGUCACUCAGUGGGAAGCAGUGUGUAUUUAUUUUAUCUACCAGACACAAGACAAGCAGUUAACAUGCAUGUACACCAGACGGGGUGAUGUAUAACAGAAACUCUGCAGAUGCAUCUUGGAGGAAAGGUUGUGUUUUUCAGAGUAUAUUUGAUCAAAUUUAAGGCGAUUUAUGGCAUAACAUUUCUAGAGAAAGACAAAUGAAUCCUACAAAGCUGUGAUCCCAGCGAGGGAAUGCGGACAAGCCUCACAGCUGAGUCCUGUACUGACAGAUGAUGUGCUGUUAACAGAGAACAGACCAGAACCUUUUAUCAUUAUGCUUCCCCUGUAACCUGUACUGCACUGGUAUUGAUUUAUAGAGACACAAAAAGAGAAAAUUUAAUUGUUCUGUCAUUUUUCAGGUCAGGUGUUGUCUUGUUUCAUGAACAGUGUAGAACUUUUAUUAACAAAAAUCUAAAGGAGAAAGGUGACAAAUGGCUUCUAUCAGAAAGCCAAAGAAUAUACACCAGGCUGGACUUAAAAAGGAUUCAUUUAACUUUAAUGAACGGCUGGAGAUAGUCAAUGAAAUGUUUACUCUGGUCCCAGAUAAAAGUUGAUCAGACUUGUGAGUUCAAAGCCAAAUCAACCCUUGAUGCAUGCUCUUAUUAAACAUAUUUAGCGUGAUACUUACUUCUUACAGAAAUUUUACAUUUUCCACAGUGUCAGCAAAGUGGAAAUGUUUUUCCUUCAUCCAAAACUGAACAACAUUACACUGCAAAACCUCAAAUCAUGCAGCAAGUCAAAGUUUCUUCACAGGUUUCUUUAAAUUAACUUUAGUAAAAAUCUGACUCACUGCAUUUUUAACUAUUUACACUGAUUGCAAGUACUGAAGAGCCCUUUUUAAAUUGUAAUAUAACAUUUUUUAAUGGAUAUGUGUGUUUACGACUUAAAACACCUGUAAGGCACUUUGAGUUUGUGUAGAUUUUGGCGCCCCUCUGUGGACAAAAGGGAACAUCUUCAGUUUUUGCUGGUUUUGGCAUGUUCUUGUGUAAAUAGUAUUUUGGGGGUUUUUUGUUUUUUUGUCUCACACUAUUUUAACACUCAUCUAAAAUCUUCUUGGAAAAUGUAAAACAAAAAUACUGAUAAUUUUAGACAUCAAAAUAACUUGUCAGAAACAAUCAGACUUGUGGACUUGUUUGCUUUUGUUAGUUAUGAAGAAUCAUCAGUUUUGAUACCAGUCUGUUUGGUCCCUAGAUAAAAACUACUCACAGUAUCUUUAAAACUCCUACAAGAAACUUUCUGUUUUUGUCAAACAACACUAUCAGCAACAACCUUGUUUAUUUCUCUAUAGUCAUCUUGAAUGCUUGUGCAGGGUUUGAAUUUUGUGUUUGACUUUACAAGUCUACUAACUGAUUCAGAAAAUGAAAUUGUUAAGGUGCUUACCCAACCCACACGAACUGAAACACAAAAUAUCCAACCUGUUUUUAGAAACAAUGAAUAAAAUGUCUCUCUGUCUCUUCCUUACUCUGACAUUGUGAAAUUCCGUGAUUUUAUCUUUGUGUUAUUAAUUAAUUUAUUAUUUUCUGUUUAUCUCUAUCGUAUAUUAUUCGAUAUGUUCUGAUACUUUUUGCUUCUAUGGUAGCACUUGAUGAUUUAUUCUUGUUUGAUGCUUGUAAGCAAGUUAUUCCUAAAUCAAAUUCCUUAUACCUGCAUACAUACCUGGCCCAUACAAUGACUCUAAUCCUGACCCUGUAAUCCCUGUCCUGCUGUGUUAUAGAUCACCCCCGGCAGUAAAGCCGCUGUAGCAAACUUGUGUCCCGGUGACGUCAUCCUGGCCAUCGAGGGGGCCCCAGCUACAGAAAUGCUGCACUGUGAAGCCCAGAACAAGAUUAAAGAGGCCACCAGCCAGCUCUCUCUCACUGUCGAAAGGUUAGAAAGAGAAAGCAUGCACACACAAACAGGUGGUGGACCCAGUAAAGGCAACACCUGCACAGCACACAUGACAUGUAAUAGAUGUUCAUCAUGCUUUAUAGGAUAAGUUUGCAUUUAAAACUCAUAUUGUUCCUUUUGAUGUCAGACAGCUGGGACUGAAAUUGAACUCCAGUUUAACAGCUGUUGUUGUAGUGCUGUUUUGGAUGGUUGUUGUUGUGUCAUUAACGGCUUUGCAGUCCCAUAACACACACUGAUUUGCAAAACCUCUGUCUUCUUACAGCCAUGCAUGUCUACUUUUCUUUUUUUUCCCCAGUGGAAUGGGAUGGUAUGAGGAAUGAGGUUAAUACAGAGUUUAUUACCCACCGGUCAGCUCAGCCCCUGCACUGAGCCAGCUGGAGCAAUGUCACAGAAACAAGGCAAUCAACAGCUGCAGAUGGGGGCAAUUUCGUCACAUAAUUGAGCUAAUUAUGAGGAAAUCUGACAGAAACACCAAUACCAGAGGAAAAUUUACCCCAUUUUACUUUGCCAUCGGAGAGCCACUUUGUCUGGAACAGUUUCAGCUAAUCAGUCUAUUAAGAUUCUCCAUAAAGUGUCUAAGCUGUCUGGUGUCUUCUGUGGAUAACACACUUACCUCUAACAAGUACCUCACACAGCUCCUCAGAGAAAAAAAAAAGAGAUUCAAAGACAAUGAAAGUCAGAGGAACAGGAGCAUAACUCUGUGCCUUCCAGUCAUCUCAUGUCCCCAAAAAUUUAUCAUUUAAUUCCUAUAAAUUUAGCUUUUGAGAAGUUUAAAUUAUUCUGUUUUAUACUUAUUGGAAGUGAUAGUGGAAGAAUGAAGACAUCUGUCAAACAGCUUAACUUAUUAAGCUUCCUAACCCUUUCUCAAUCUAGUUUUAUCCUUUUUUAGCAAUGCUCCUAUGCUUAUUCCUUUAUUUUGUGGAUUGAAUCAUGACACAAGUCUCCAGCAGGUUAAAAAAAUCACAUUAAUUUGUAAUGCUGAAUGACUUUAGUUUGCUUAAUUUAGUCAGAGUCCCAACUCAGAUAGUUUUAAGUAUUUUAGACAGGAAAAGGCCUGCAUAUAAACAGAGGCUUUGGCCUCAAUUUUGAUGUUUGACAGCUGAGAAUUAAAGGCGACUCAUCAGUACUCACUGGUUCAAAAAAGAAGACUCAGCAGUACAUUCGUCAGGGAUGUUAUGAUGAUCUUUUCAUUUUGCAGGAAUGACUCCAGAAUGUGGUCUCCCCGUGUCGUGGAGGACGGCAGAGCUCACCCAUACAAGAUGAAUCUGGAGGCAGAGCAGCAGGUUUGUGGGGCGAGUCAGAGAAAGUCAUUCAUGUCAGUUCAAGAUCAUGUUUGCUGUUUGAUUUACAUUGUCGCAGAAUUUUUACAUUUGCUUUUUCUGCCUGUAGGAAUAUAAGCCCAUCGGCACAGGUCACAACCGGAAAGCUCAGCCAUUUGUUGCGGCAGCUAACAUCGAUGACACGCGUCAGGUGGUCAGUACGUCCUACAACACCCCCAUAGGCCUUUACUCUACAGGAAACAUUCAGGACGCCAUGCAGGGACAGAUCAAAGGCCUGGUACCCCAAAAGCCUGGGAGGUGAGCAUUCUCAAUCAAGCUACUGCUCAAACACGGCAGUCAGGUCCUUCAACAACUCCACAAACUAAAGACAAGGGACUUUUACGGCAGUCGUAAAAAGGCAUCAAUAUGAAUUUCAGUCUAUCUCAGAAAUGUUAAAAAGAACUCCUCACAAGAGCUUUACUCGUUAAAGAAAUUACGUAAAUAUAUUGUAUGGCUGUUUGUCUGCUUAGGGUUCCCAUAUAAAAUAAAUGGCCUCUGCAAAACUUUGAAAGUUUUUGAAUAUUUUUUCAUUUACCUGUAGUUACUUAAUGUUCACUAUGUCUUAUUGAUAUCAGCUCUUUAAAAAAAAACAGAACACAUCCUAUAAACAUAAACAAACUUAUUUACUAAAAUGUUGUUGAAGCUUAUGCAUGUCAGAUCCCAAACGUACGGUAAGGUUUCUGGAUUUCCACAGUCAAAACCCUCAAAGAUGCUGAGCUACUUUCAGGAUAUUUCAUCAAAGAACUUACUUAAAACUAAGUCAGUCCAGCAUUUAUAAGCUUUCUUCUGGCACCACCUUCAGGUCAAAUGCUCAGAGAGGAUCUGAGAAAAGCAUAUGCUAAGUUUGAUUUCUCAUACGUUUAUGUUGUAAAUCAACUGGUGCAAAUCACACCAGUUCAGACUCAGCAGAUAAAAGCAAGGCAAAGUUUGAGUUAUGAUAAGUGCACUAUAAAUACAAUUUCAUAUCAUCUUGUUAUCAUUAGAGCAGCACCAUUUAAGUUCUUCACCUAACAUCCUUUCAGUGUGGGUUGAUGAAUUAACUCAUCUAUUAUCACAUAUGUCUAGCUGUUAUUUAAUGCUCACUAUGCCUUAUUGAUUCCACCUGCUCUUUUCAUGACUCACCUCCUGAGUCCUGAGUCACUCACACUGAAGGUGUCAGCUAAGCAGUUUAAUAUGACCACACUGCCAUGAGUUACAGUGUGUUACCCUCCAGCCUUCCUCUCUGUCCAUGUGGAUUUCAUUAGACUGUCUGAUAUAUGACGUGUCACUCUGAGAAUUUAUUACUGAGGCCCCCAGGAAUGAAUCUGUCCAUGGCUUCUGCUCAGCUUCUGAAUUAGACAUACAUCACAUCUGACCCAUGGCAUGUCUGUGUCUGUUUAACUAAAGCAUCAAAAAACACAGGUGUAGGUGUAGGUGGUGUUGAUUUGCAUUCAUAACCACCAUAAAUAACAGAACAGAAUUUUUUUUUGCAAUGCUGUGGAAAAAGAUGAUAAGGAAAUAUUUGGUAUGCAUGUUGGUAUGCAGAAGCUGAACCAUCCUUUUUCAUUCAUCCUCAUCUCACAUUUGAGGUCCUACAUUUUUCUCCUUUUAAGGUUCACUCACCAUAAUGUAGCUCUGUAAUCUUCAGAAGCUUCUUACAUGAUAUCUUUUACUCAGUGACUCUAAGAUCAAAAAUAAUCUUCAUUUUAAUUGACUUGAGAUUAAAAUACAUACAUGUUGCUGCUAUACUGAGGACUCUCCCAUUAAGGCAGUCAAGGGAAAAAAAGAGUUAAACUGGUAAAUGGUUAUGAAGCUAUUACAUUAUGUAUUUGUGUGUCUUAUUCUGUAACAGCCCCAGGCCUCUGACCAAAAUUGAGGACUCUGACGUGUACAGGAUGUUACAGAUGGACCAGGAGGAACCGCAGGAGCCUCGCCAGUCUGGCUCCUUUAAAGCCCUGCAGGAUUAUAUCGACAGUGACGGUGAGGUGUCUAUCUCUUACAUGAAUUAUUCCACACUAAAACUUCUAUUAGGGUGAAAUAUUUACAAGUAGAGACAAAUAUUUGUAAUUUUUUUGGACAGAACUCAGAAAAGCCCCACUUUUCUGUCCAUUGAGAAAAAUAUUUAAAGCUCCUGUAAGGAGUUUUUCACCAGUCAUUAAAAUGACCUAAAAUUAGUAUUGAUGUCUCUUUAUGAACUAUAAAAUCAAACAAAACUAUCAAAAACAACCUCAGUUUUAGCGUUAUAGUUGUUUUUAUAGAGUAAAAGUGCUGCUGCAUGGAAGGAGUCAUUUAGUGAUUGACUCCUGAUUUACCAUCGGCAGGAGAAACAACCUUUUUUCUUCAAAUAUUUUCUUCAGCAACAUUUUUUGAAAAGUGAGAGAGGAAAGUUUUAAAGAGAGCAAGGCGAUCUUAUGUCCAAUAGCAUGACUGACACAUGGAUGGGAAAAAAUUAGCAAAGAGACGAAAAGUACUUUUUGGUCUACAGAGGGCGUCAAAAUUAACACAAACCAAAAGUUUCUCACAGGAGCUUUAAAUGUGGUAUUAGUCAUUGCUAUCUUCACAAACAUACAAAAAAAAAAAGGUUAGCUUUUUUGGGUGUAAAGUUUAGUAGUGAUUUUAUUUCUGAGAUCUUUAUAAGUUAGUGGAGCUUCUUUAGAAGAAGGGGUCGCACACACUUCCAUUUGCAAAUCUAGAUUUAGCAGCUAUUACAACCAGACUGAACCAAAUUACUACCAUUUUUUUUUUAGGAAUCAGCUGGGUUUUUUUUCUCACAUUUUUUUUUUUUUUUUUUUUUUAAAUGCUCAAAAAUAUGAUGCAAAUCAGCUAAUUUUAUCAAUGGAAGUGUUUAGUUUAACAACCUUUUUGUGUUCCUUUCACUAUUUGAAAAGCUCCUCAUUUUGUCAAAGCCUUUUUGCAGUGUACAGAGAUCAAUCCUUAUAUUACAUUACAUCAUAGGUAGUGAUCAGGACAUGAGCAAUGGUUUGAGCCAUCUAAUGAAGUGCCACAGCACUCAUUAGAGUCUGUUGAAGACAGAUGGUUUUCUUUACAGUCACUACAGUUCAGGAGAUAGACUGACUCGUCCUCAGCUCUCGGAGAGGGAGAGUAUUAGAUUGUACUUUGGCAAGAAAGUCAACUCCAAAUUGCUCUCAAAGGACGUGCCAUCAGUGUGAGUGUAAGUGAUAGACAAUUAAUAUCUCCUGAUGAGCAGGAUUGUGUGUGUGUGUACAUGUGAUAACUAACAUGUGUAGUGGUUGAUUUUUCUGUGUUUCUCUCUGACUUCAUGCUGCUUAUUUCAGAUAAAAUUGACUUACACCUAAUCAAUUUGCAGGAAGGUUUCCAUCGCCUAGAGCCUUUUGCUUUUAUCGGAAAGAGUCUGAUGAGUCUUAACACGCUCUGCUCGGUCAAAAAAAAAUAGGACGUUUCUGCAAGAGCACAGUCCUUUUUUCACAUUUACUAAGUGUUCUCCAAAGGUCUUUUUACCGUCUGCCAACAGCAUGAUUGUCUCUUUUCUUUGCUACUUGUAAGACAUGUACGCCAACACUUAGACUUUUGCCUUCUAGACUACUUAUACAUUUUACUGUUUGAGGUACCAUUUUGUUGAACAGGUUCUCAGUCCAGUGUCACAUUCACAUGUAACCAGAACAAAAACCUUUUUUUAAAUCUUACUAUAUUUUGAACUCAACAGCUGAUUUGAAGACAAAGUCAGUCUAAAGAUAAUAUAGGCGUUAAAAUAACCAUAAAAUAUGUUGACACUCAUACAGAAGCCGUUAUAUGACGGAUUAACCUAUUCAGUAACGGCUCAAAAUAAACCAGCAGAAUAGGUCAUAAAUCCACACUUUCAUAAGUCCCCUUUGUUUUUCAGACAGUUUGUGAUAAAUUCACACAAUGCGUUAUAGAAACCGCCCCUCUAUGUGUUUCCUUUAUGAGCUGAAAAGCAUCAAAGUGCCCUGAUAGAGUAAAGCAGAAUCAUUCUGUAUUCAAGAGGUGAAAAGUGCCCCUGCCUCGUACCUCUCAAGUGUUUUGUUUUGUUUCAUGUCUGUGUGCAGGCUUGUUUUGUUGAGUAUUCUCUCUUACCAUGUUCGCAGGCACUCGCCCCAUUGUAACCAGAACUGUCAAAGCUCCAACAACCAAACCGACUCCUCCCACAGGAAACCUGCAGAAACUGCCCAUGUGCGACAAGUGUGGGAAUGGGAUUGUGUAAGUAAAAAUAGCGCUCAUCUGUGAUUCACAUCCAGGGCCUUUGUGGUUCAGUUAUUUUAAGACUCCAGUGGACAAAGCAGUCAACUUAACCUGCUGACUUUUGACAGUCAAAUGUGUCAUAUAAUAUGGGAAACUGUCAACACAGGCUGUUUCUUUAGCUGCUCAGCUGACACCUACCCUCUCACUCCAAUUUCAGACGAUAAAGAUUUGUGAAUAAACACUGUCGAUCUUGCCACUGGUGGUCUUGUUAGCUUUAAUAUCAUAAAAAAAGCAUAGAUUUAAAAUUCAUUCUGUUUUAUAAAUGUUUAAAAAACCUCCUCACAGGAGCUUUAAUAUAUAAAAAAACAAGACUACAUAUUGAUGAAAAACGACUCACCUUUGUAGUUAUUUAUACACUCACCUUUGCUUGUGACCUCUCUGUAUUUCUUAUGUUGCAGCGGGACGGUGGUGAAGGCACGAGACAAAUAUCGCCACCCUGGCUGUUUCGUGUGCAACGACUGUGACAUCAACCUCAAACAGAAGGGUUACUUCUUUGUAGAAGGGCAGCUGUACUGUGAGACUCACGCUCGAUCUCGAAUGAGACCCCCGGAGGGACACGACCUCAUCACUACUUAUCCCUCUGCGUAGAUUCCCCCUCUCAUAAGCACAGAGAAGAAAAAAAAAACACUCAGACACACUUAGGCCAAAUACCCCAUUUCCUACCCCUGUUUAAUGUGCUCACUUUGAUUUGUGAAUGAGUAAGUGUGAAUAAUACGGUAUUUCAGUGAGAAUACACUUCUGUCUUGGUACGUAAUAUUGUGAAGUUUUAACCCAUCUUUGUUGGCAAAUUGCACAGGUAAUAAUUUAACUGCCAAGAAGCAGUAAUAAUAAAGAGACUUACUGUGUUUAUCUUUCCAGCUUCUCGCAAUUUGAUGUCUUCCUGAAUAAAGACCUUCAUUCAUACAGCAGGAAGCGUCUGUAUGUGAACUGUAGAGAUGAAGAGCAUUAGCUGAUUAGGAAAACGCUCUGCUGGGCUUCAGUCAGCCAGAAUAAUUUCAAACAUCUCAAAGAGGACAAUGAUCAUUAAAUAUCAGGCACAUAAAACACACAAUUGUUGACGAUUGGGGCAGCAGUAGCUCAGGAGAUAGAGAGGUCGUCCAAUAACAAGAAGGUUGGCAGUUCAAUACCCCCCAUGCUUAGUCUGUGCAUUGUGUCCCUUGGGCAAAACCCCCACCUUGCUCCCAGUGUGUGUCCUUCACUGGUGUAUAAAUGUGAGUGUUGUGUGAUGGUGGUUGGAGCAGCCAUAGGCGCAAACUGGGCAGCUGUGACUACAAAGGUAGUUUACAACCACCAGGGUGAAUGAUAUAUCCAAUGUAAAGUGCUUUGAGGAUCUCUGAUAAAGCGCUGUAAAAUCUGAUCCACUAUUAUUAUCAUUAUUAUUAUUUACAACUAUGACUAUAACUGACUCAUUAAAACUUACCAC